UUCAGUUCUGGACAGCGUGUUCUGCGUUUGUCUGUAUUCUUGAGGAUCACAACCUACGCACAGGUUCCGGUAAUGAUGGCGUACACACAACAAGCCAAGUGGGACGAAGAAGAAGACUACGAGCUUCUGGAGGGGGAACUGUCCGAUGUGGAUGACUUUGAGGUGACCGGAGACAGGCAACCUAUCGAAGAUAUGGUGGCUUUCUUCAAGGAACGCGGCCACGAAUAUUCUGUCUACACGAUCGACUGGACGAAAGGGGAAGUCAUGUUCGUGAAGACAACGGAAGGUGCUGAUCUGAGGCCAUUCUCUUCAUUCAUGCAGGCCCAGCGAGAGAAAGCAGAGGAGAUCCUCAUGAUGCCGAUAUCCCAGCUACAAGAUGUCGCCGAUGCCGUGGUUGAAGAAGUCAAACAUGUUCAGGAGAUCUUCGUGUACAACACAGGUCGUUGCGGCUGCACACUCUUCAAUAACGCGGUGGACGUGUUACCGUCUGUCCGCGCUGUGUGUCAACCUGACGUCUACAAUGUCAUCGCUGCUGCCGCCCUGGCAUGUCUAGAAGACCUUCCCGACGAAGACGACGAAGAAGAAGAAGACAUCUACAAACUGAUUCGAGACGACGCGACAGCAGUCACCUUAGUCAGGAACCUCACCACAGUCUUCAAUUACUAUCUCCUCAAGUCUGACCCACUGAAACGCUCAACCAUCUUGUACACGCUUGCCCCGGACUCGACCGUUGUCGGCCGUGUGAUGGCGAGGGCCCACCCGAAAGCGAAGACGGCCUUCCUGUACAGAAACGGCCUGAAGUUUUACGAGUCGCACUUGCGGCUUAUUUUGGACAACGAAAAGCGCCACUACGCCAACUUCCAGAAGGCCAGGAAGCUGGGAAGAAACGCGUUCUGCUUUGAGAAGGAGUACGGCAGUGUCACGAUAUUCGGGGACGACCCAGAGCUUGAUAACGACGAAGUAGAGAGAGAUAUAUCGUACUACAUUGUAACGCUGUGGCAAGGUACGAUGCACAAGGCAUUGAAGCUACGGGAGCAGUUUCCAGAAAACUUCUUCCACGCCGUUCUCAGCUACGAGACACUCGCGGAAAAGAAGACCAGAGCUUUGCAGGAGGUCAUGGAAAAGCUUGGGAUCAAGGUAGACAUCAGUGAUGCCGACAUCGAAGUUCCCCUUGCCGAGGUGUUCAGCAAAGAGUCUCUAGCAGACACCGCGUUUUCGAGCCACCCCAAACGGGAAGACAACGAAUACCAGCCCCAUUCGGACGAGUGGGUGGGAGACUGGGACCGGGGCGUCUUUGACAAGGUUUGCCAGAGCACCGGAUGGGAGCCCGCCGACCCAGACUUCAUCUUCCCCGACACCAUCUGAUGUAUAUUUGCCGCGUGUUCAUUCCUCGUGCCGGACUCAACGCUUUGUGUGUAAUCAAACUAUGCCC